UAACAUGGAUACAGAGUAUUACAGACUAAAUCACAGAAUCUAAAAAAGGCAAUUACAUGCGGUUAAAAAACAUUAUUUAUAGAGUUGUAAUUUGCUACAUUACGCAAUAUUUCAAAAAUGUCGCAAAACGAAGAAGCGACUGACGAUCUUUCAAUUCAGGUUCAGUCACCGGUAAUUAAUGAUAUACAAACAGACUAUCAAGAAGAUAACGAAAACUAUGAUGAAACAAGCCGUUUAUUGCCACCAGACGAAAAUUCACAAAAGCAACAGCAAGUUAAACAAACUACUUCUAGUUCAGGUUUAAAAAAUAAACGAGGAAGAGUUUUUACUUCGAAAGCUUUUAUUAGAUCAGUUUUAUUGGUGGCGUUUAUUGUGUUAAUUGUUGUUCUUUUGAUUGUUUUUAGAAUUCAAGAUCAUAUCAAAGAUUAUCUAGAACUUAUCGAAAAACAUAAGAAAUAUGGAAUCUUGAUUUAUUUGACUAUUUACACUAUUUGUGUAUGGUUAUUCCUGCCGGGAUCUAUAAUAAGCAUUGCAGCAGGAUUUUUGUUCAAACCUGCAAUAUUAGCAGGUGCCAUCAUUAUAAUUGGAGAUAUUUUAGGAGCUUUCGGUACAUUUAUUUUCGGAAGAUACAUUUUCUCGGAUUGGGUAAAAACUCAAAUCGAAAAGAGACCAAUGUUUACAGCACUUAAUAGUGUUAUAGCAGACGAAGGAUGGAAAAUUGUUGUAAUGCUACGAUUGACUCCUAUACCAUUUAAUCUGAUAAGUUAUUUCUUUUCAGUGAGUUCUAUAGACCUCUUCCCCUUCCUUUGGGCAACUGUUCUUGGUGUUUUGCCUGGAACUUUUAAUGCUGUUUGGAUCGGAUCGUUGGUAAAGAAUUUGAGUUUAAUCGAUAAACCAAAAUUAGAAAAUAAAGAUAUUGUCAUUAUUACAAUGAAUAUUAUUUUCGUAACAUGUUGUGUGAUUGCUUUGUCUAUACUUGGCAAACGAUCAUUAAGGAAAGCAAUGGUUAGAUUGCAAGCCUCAAAAACUGCAGAAUCCAACUUCAAUCAAGAUUCUGUUAGCUCUUCAUCAUCUCAAGGGGCGAUCGAUGUUGCAGUUGAAGAAGAAAAUCCAUUAAAUUCAAAUGCUGGAGAAUUUACACGCACAGAAAAAAUUAUUCUUUAUUUUAUUGGUAUCGUCGCGCUCCUUAAUCUUGCAAUAUCAGUACCACUGUAUUUUUAUUUUCGAUCAAUUGAACAAAAUAGUUAUUAUAAUUUAAUAAUAUGAUAUGUUGUAUAUUAAUAAUUUAUAAUGUAUUGAUAUGUAAAAUAUAGAAUAAAAACUGCAGGCAGCCUUAUUAUUACUUUAACCGCAGUAAUAAAUAAUUUUUUUUCAAGUAAAAUAUAAAUACCUAAAUGUAAAGUGAUAUCGUAAUACUGUUUCAUUUCCCCCUAUUUUUAAUAAAAUAAUAAGAAAAUUUUCUUCGAAGAUAGAAUAGAUAUUAUUUAUUCAGAAUCGUAUCGUCUUAUCGCUUAAUUAUUAAAAUAGAUUUCAGACAAGGUUAGAUUCAAUCUUUUAG